GUAGUGCAGGGUGACUUUCCUUAUGCUAGAACAUGACUGUUGCUGAAGUCGAUGCUGCUAUUUACUGUCCAUUAUAUGGCUACAUGCAUGGACAGACUCAGAUAUGGAAGGUUUUUCUUGCUCCUUUUGGAUCCUGAGUCACUGGUUAAAUGGUGCUGAUGAAGUCUAAUUUUGGGACAAGAUCAAAAUGGCAGCAGGAACCUGCAGCAUCACCAUGGAAACCUCUAUACACAGGACGAGCGAUGCAGAGGAGAAAGAGGACUCUUGUUUUUCAGAUGAUGAUGAUGAUGAUGAUGUAUACCUUGUCACUGAUGAUGAUGAUGACGAUGAUGAUAUUAUCUAUCAGGAAUUUGAUGAACUGAACUUUUUCCAGUUACCAGACACCAAAAGCGUUGUGUCAGAUGAUUCCUUUUAUCCACCUGACAGCUCAGUGACCUCUCAGAGAUCCCAAAGCGCUGAAGGUCCGGAGCCGUUGACUCUUUUCAUGGCUUGCUGCAGUAACAAUGCCAUCAUAGUCAAAAUCAUGAUCAGGCAAGGAGUGAGUGCAGAGCAAGUUCGAGAAGUGGAUAAAAACAACAGGACUGGUCUGAUUGUGGCGUGUUAUCAGGGCUUUGUGGAUGUCGUCAUCGCCCUCUCACACUGUCCAUACGUGGAUGUGAACUGGCAAGACAGCGAGGGCAACACGGCUCUCAUGACAGCCGCGCAAGCAGGUCACGUCAAGAUCACCAACUUUUUACUGAACUACUUUUCUGGGGUGGAUAUCGAACUCAGGAACUGUCACGGCUUCACGGCUGUUACGAAAGCGGCCGUGCAGGGCCGCACCAACUGCGUCCAAGCCCUUAUGAUGUCAGGUGCAGACGUUGAGGUGAGGGACUACGGGCGUAAGAUGACACCGCUCGAGUGGGCACGUUUCACAGGCCACUAUGAGACAGCACGGAUGAUACAGAGGCUUAUGGCUCGUCCAUGUGCCGAGCAGUUCUGUGACUCAUUCCGCAUGGAGUGGCCCAAGUUGUCGCAACUGGUCCGCCAGGCCCAAGAGCCGCAACCAUGCUGGAGGCGCCUGACGGAGUCCAUACGUGGCACAUUCAACCUCGGAAUGAGGAUGGAUCCACUGGAAGAGGGUGUGCUGCACUAUAUGGUGCGUCUGACCACAGCGCUGGCAAGUCCGCUUGUGGCCACCGCCUGCAGCACAGUAUGCCCAGGCAGCCCACCAUGCGUAGGCAAACAUCGGCCAGCUGUCUCGGAUAUCCUGCGGGACAAUGACAAGCGGGCAGAGGAUCCUAAGAGCCUGGAAAACCAUAAGCGGCUCUUCCAAGAUGGUCAUAUGGCCCUCAAAGAACAGGAGACCAGGUGUACCAGCCUGCAAUUUCCUGCACUGCCAGAUGUGGUGCUGGCAUCCAGCAUGGCACUGCGUAGGAACAGCCUGCUGCCUCUGCACAUGAUACGCAGGAGAAGUGUGUGCCCGGGCCUGGUGGUGCCCAAAGUACGCCUAUGCAAGGCUCCGCCACCAACCUACACGCCCGAGGGGAACCAGUGCUGGAACAAGGAUUCGAGGUAUCUGCAGGUGCCCAAGUGGAGGUACAAGGCACUGAAGGAGGAGAGGGAGCUGGAAAAGAUGAAGAGAUGAGGCCUACUUAAACAUUGCAUGUGAUUACCUAAGUCUUCCUUGGUUGUCUGUACACAACAAUAAGCUGAUGAAACCAUUAGGAUUUAUAACAGAGGUUACAGUUU